AACCCAUACUACUAUCCAAUUCGAUUUAAUUUUAUUCAAUGCAAUUUUAUCCAUGAUUUAAUACUUUGAUAUCUACUCUAUUUCUAUUUAAUAUCCAACUUGUACAUCUCUAAUUUAACUAUUAUCAUAACAUUCUACGUUACUUUGUGCCAGAUAUAAUAAAUAAUAUUCAAAUCACUGAUUCUAAUAAUUUACAUGAAAUAAUAUAAUAAUUAUUCAAAGUUCACAUGCAAUUUACUUGAUUUCAUAACGCAUUCGAGACCCAACUGAAUUAAAUGCACACAUAUAUAUAUUUAAUACAACAAUUGAUUUUUAUUUAUACAUGUUUUAUUAUUGCCAAUUAUAACUCCGCUUAUUUUACUAAUUUAGAUAUAGAGAUUUAACUGAAGUACUUCCACACUCCUUAAACCUUUAUGCGAUCUCCAGCAUUGUUACCUGAAUAAAUAAAUAAAUAAAAUUAUAAAAUACGAUCGCAUCCUUCUAUCUUUCAACGAAUACUCAACUUCAUAUGCCUCUAUAUUUUUGAAACCCAUAAAUAAUUACGCGUCUACCGCGACACGUCUGAUACGGAUCACCGUCUUGUGCGUCGGCUCCUUAAUUAAGAAGUCGAGUUUAGUCACCCAACAGCUGGUGGUAUUGGCUGACUGGAGCCCGUUGAGGGUACUCCUGGUGAUAAAAAGCUAAACAAGCGGAUAUCUAAUAUCUACUUUGCACGGGACAAUACCUGUACGAUCCGUCGGUUCGUUAACGCAGUUCUUUCAGACAAUCAAAUGAAUAACAAUAACAAUACUCCGAUACUUAAAUUAUAAAUUCAAUUAUAUUACAAAUAUCCUGUCAACCUGGAUCUCGGACUCUGCUUCUUUUUUUUUAUUUUUAUUUUACUCCCGAUGUGACGUGGGAUACCGCAUAGCGAGAGUGGAGUCGUAAGAUACGUUCACAAAACCCUGAUUGACAGUGAUUUUCUUUUAUUUUGAUACGCGAAAUCUGAAAGAACGAUUGAACGAAAUACACAUAUAUAUAUAUAUAUAUAUAUAUAUCCUCCUUACAUGAUUAUUUCUCUGAGCGAUCCCGCGCCGCGUUAAUAAUAUCUUUUAUUAAUUUGGCAAUAGUCUGGAUGUGUCAACACCUAACUAAGGCAGUUGAGUUCGCGUGCAUCCCAUACAUCUGUCUAUGGUAUUGACGGGUGUACAGGAUUAGCCUGACGGAGAUGAUCCCCCAUGUGAGAGGAGCGAACAGUGACCGCAUAACGGUCGCUCCACAUUUAGACAAUACCACUAGUUGCCAAAUUUAAAUCCGUUUCGCUAAAUCAAAUCAAAUCAAAUCAUUUCAACUAAAUAUUUAAUUCGAGGUCGCUCAUCUUCCAUACACAUUCCGAUAUCAUUCCCACAAAUCAUACCAAGAUCUUUUCUUUUCCCUUAUUGUCUACGUACUUCACAAAAACAAGGUAAGACGCUUAAACACUAACAUAAUUAACCAUUCUUCAGACGUCAAGAAUUCGGCUGAACUGGCAGCCUACUUAAUAACACAAGAAAUAUUCAUCACAAGUUUAUCCAAUCAAUAAAAUAAAUAAUUUUUAUCCAGUUUAUAAAAUCAAUCAAUUAGAUUUCAUAAAUCGAUCUGUUUUUAUUAAAUGUUUAAACAAUAAAUGAAUUCAUAUCUUACCUGAUCAUAAAUAAUUUAAUAACAUACUUAUAUUCAUUACUUUAUUUAAUUGUUUCAUAUGCAUAAUUUGGAUCUAUCACAUACUAUUUCGAGUAAUCAACGUACUCUUUUCAUUAUCUUAUUAUAUAUAUAAGGUUAUGUAUUCAAUAAAUGAAGAUUAAUACUGAUUGAUAAAUAAUAAAUACGUUUAUUUAACCUGUCUCUCAUCCCAUUUAUUUCUCUCUCAAACGCGAUAAACGAUCCUUCCGGCUCUCGGCGUAUCCCUGGGAAAUAAGCAGACGUGCUGCGGUCGCCCUAAAACAAAUAAAUUGAGAGCCCCGUUAGACAAAAGAACGAAAGCUGCCCCCGUAUCGAGUAGUCUUCAACGGAACGUUACAAAUCGGUUUUUUGAAAUUUUUGUCCGUAACACAUUUGAUAAAAUGUGUGCCUGUGAGCUGUAGUGUACGACCUACAAAGAAAUGUUACAACGAACUUCCCGUUAUACAUGGAAACGGAUCGUACUUCCUCUCGCCAAGGACCAAGAUUCUAAUAAGAAAUGGCACGCCGAGAAACUGCAAUGGUCUACUGCCAAUCAUGUACAAUAUAUACGGAAGGUGGUAUCGCGCAAUGCCAAAAAUGAUGGAGACCCUCCCACCGCCGACGAUACAGCCUCUUACACAUCCGACAUGGAAAUACGUCAGCCCAUCCGAUUUAGCGACAAGCGGCAUAUAUACAAGCGAAGAUCUCGACCGCCUGAGGACGCAUAUAAUGUUCCCCGUGGAAAGACCCGCUAUGCUGAACACAAUAGCACACGGAGCCAUGGGAGGAACCGUUCCAGCCGGAAGUAUUUCCAUGCUAAAUCUGCUCGACGAAGCCUCGCUCGAUAAAAUCGCCGAAUCAGCGGGCGCAAAAUUAUGGAAAGGAUUUAUUACCUUUGGAUCCGCCAGCGCAGGAGUGCUCGCGAUUUUCAUAAUCAUCAGAUUGAUAAAGCUGAUUGUCGACACGCUCAUCCAUGGAUAUGCUCUGCACUCGGUAUAUGGAUGGAGCAUGCACCUGCUGGGAGCCGUCUGGAGUUCAGUAACGCACCUGUUGCUACACCUGGGUGGACGAAAGACCUACAGCCGGGAAUGAAGAGAGAGACUCUGCAACCAUUCCCCUUUCAACGUCAGAAAAUCAUCGCCCCGCCCCCAGUGCAGUGAACGUGCCAACGCUAAGUGAAAAUAUGAGCGAUAAAAACUCGUUCCAAUAUUCGUAUAAGGACUUGCGAAAAUAUUUAGACAAUAAUCAACCUAACGCCGAAGCGCCGUAAAAUGCUGACCAGCGGGUCAACAUUUUUAUUUUAGGGGGGAGGUGUGACGUCCCCGCCAAAUAAUAAUUUUCUUUUUCCUUUCUUUUCUUUCUAUUUUUAUUAUUCAUAUUCUCAAUUAUAUUAUUAUAAUUAAUUACAUAUUAAUUAGUUGUGCAUUUAUAU